AAAAAUCACGACCGUUGUAUUGUAUGUUGAUUGCAUUUGCUAUUAUCAAUCUUAUGUUGGGUAUUUACACUAAAUUCUUCGUGUUUCUUAGCUGAUUUGAUUAUAAUGUACAAACAUUAGUUGCAGUUUUAGUUGGAAAUAGAAACUACCAUCUGAAAUCUGUAAUAUUGGCGAUGUAUUUCGACGUCGACGAUGAUGAUGGAUUAUUCAACCGCGAAGUAUAUCACGUUGUUCAUCAGGAACUUUAUGCAAUAAAUUCUAAUCUCGAUCUAACAGCCUUUGGUGUAAGAAAUGUUCCGACUCACACUGAAGAUGGAAUACCCAUCAGAAAACUAUAUGUUUCCAAUUUGCCACCGAAGACAACUCGAACAGAGCUCUUUGGAGUGUUUGCUCAGUAUGGGUUUAUCAAGAGCUGUUGGUUAAGAAUGGGGGAUAAAGGACCAAACACGACUCCGACUCCUACAUAUGCAUUUGUCACAUUUAGUAAUGCUGCAGAUGCUCACAAAGCGUUACGAGCACCUGUUCAUGAGAAGACGUUAAGAGGCAGAAAUCUCAGAAUAUCCCCGGCCGAUAGUUGGCACCAACCUGCUGAAGAUGUGGAUGGGAGAGUACUCUGGAAACCAAACCGCAGGGAAGACAGCACACUAUGGAACAGUGAUCAGCUAAACGGUACAGCUGAAACAUCAGAACAGGUCGAAGAUAACGAAGCUAAUAAUGAAGGGGAUAAUGUUGAGGAGGAUGAUAUAUGCAAUGCAUACAAUAUAUUGGAUAUUCUGAAUAGAGAUUGCUUGACGCACAUCCUAACAUAUGUUCCUAUUAGAGAUCUUAUACAAUCCGAAAGGGUCAGCAAGAGAUGGCAGGCCAUGGUACAAGAAUAUUUACAGGGUGUUCGUAUGUUCAAGACGUCGUGGUGGCAGCACGUGCCGGUGACGUUGACUACGGCUGUUCUGCGUCGCGUGCUGGCCAGAUUGGGCGGGGCCCUCCUCAGGCUUCACAUCGACCACCACUGGUCCGCGCUGAACGACCGCACCGCUCACACCGUUGGGAAAUUCUGUCCGCACCUUGAGGAGCUUAAAGUCGUUGGAAUGCAUACGAAAAAUUGGAAUCCUCUUAUCUAUGGGUGUAAACAGUUAAAGAGCCUGUCCUUCGUUUCGUGUAACAAGCUGACGGAUUCCAGUCUGGUGCACCUGGUGAAGAACGACUCGUGUAUAGAGAGUUUGACGGUGGCCAAUAACACUCACGUCACGGGGCUGUUCUUGACCGGUUCGAAUCCAUCCAGGCUGUCGUCGCUGUCCUUCUACAACUGCUACAGCCUCCAGGGAACCGUCCUCAGUGCGGCGAUAGACACGCUGCCCAGCUUGACGACGUUGAAACUGGAUGUAUGUCCGGUGACGAUGUGGAAAAUCAUACCGUUAAUACUGAGCAAGCUGCCCAAACUGGAAGAAUUAUCUCUCAGCGAGUACACCUCGGUGGAACUGUGCCUCGCCCCGUUAGGGGUGGACGCGUUCUGUAAAGCGAUGUCCGGACUGACGGAACUGAAGGUGUUGAAUCUGAGCAGAAAUAUUUAUAUAACUAACGCUGUCCUCAAAACGGUGGCGCAGUCCUGUCCCAAGCUGGAGUCCUUGAAUAUAUCCGGUUGUAACUCCAGGAAGAGCUUUCCCCAUCCAGGUGUCGGAGACGAAGGUCUGAUAGCGAUCGGAUCCUGCUCGUCUCUGAGUCGCCUGGACGUGUCGUAUCUAGCGACGCUGACGGACUCGGGGCUGUCAACCGUGGCCUUACUACCUCGUCUUACUACACUCAUAUCACGCGGGAACUACGCGCUCUCCGCGGCACCCUUUGUCGCAGCCCUGGCCGCCUGCCCUGCUCUACAGGAGAUAGAUGCUUGCGGCUGCGACGGUGUGUCGGAGGAGGUGGUGUGUGCGGCCGUCGCUGCUCUCACGCAAAGACCGAGGCCGCUGAUACUGAGACUGGCCGCCACCGGCGCCGCACUCGCCGACGCCGACAGACAGCAUGAGUUGGAGAGUCACAGGUUGCUGACGGUGAACCUGUACGAGGACCGCAGCAACCCUCACCUGAGAGCUGACUUCGUGGAUCGCAUCUUCGAGGAAAGUCCCGACGGCUCCUUCGACCUGUACGACCCCGACGACUUCGACGACCUGCUCGGUGAAGAUGACGACAUCUUUUUGGACGACGGAUUUGAGUUGAGGCCCAACAUUUUGUUCCUUUAAUAUACACCAACCGCUGAGCUCUCUCACAAAAUACAACACAAGGGAAUAUAACACACGUUAAUAAUACAUUGAAAUUGUAAAUUAAUAUUACAAUAUUAUUAUUUUUAUAUAUAUAUAUAUAUUAGUUUUUCCUCAUGUUCUGUGUAUAAUUUUAUUAGAAGUGAUUAUCGUUUGAUGUUGCAUAUUUUCUUUCAUCUCUGUUUGUUUGUAAGUCUAUGAAAUUAAUUGAAACGGAGGAACAUUUAGUUUUUGUAUGAUAUUUGUUUAAAUAAUUAAAUAUUUUUUUUGUUUUUCAAACAUGUUCCGUUUGUCACCGGAGUCCGGGGAUUCUGAAUAUAAUAUGUACCGUGUACUUCAUGUAUCUGUGAUGUGACCGUAACAUACAAUAAAAACUGUUUUUUGUAGUUUUUAUCAAUUACUUUAAUAUACAUAAAAAUAUAAGUAUAAGCAAAGUCUGAAACAUUGUGAUAGAUUGUAAAUUGUUCAUGUACCUUUUCAUUUUAUUUUUAAUUUUUUUUUUUUUCAUAACUGGUAUUAUUUUGUAUAAAAUGUAUGAAAAAUUUUGUAGGUAGUCUAACAGUGUACCCAUACAAAAUUUUGUGUUUUAUUUCACAAGACUGUAUAAUGAUGUUCAUUGCCUUGUUGUAUACUCAAAUAAAGUAACUAGCUUAAAGCAUUCAUAUAAGUGCUUGCGAAACAUAAUGAAACCUCAUUUUAAAGUAGUGGGAUAGUUAUGACAAUGGAAUAGAUGGCCAGUGUCGCCCAGUUACGGACUAUGUUAUAUAGUGUUACAGGUAAAUCUGUGAGUUGUUUGUUAAGUGAUUGAUAUAUUUAAUGUUUUAUACUCGGUUUCUACUUGUGCAAUACGAAGCAUGGAGUGUGUGCACUAAAUUUUGAUAUGUUUUGUGUAAUUUUAUAUUAAUUACAUUACUGUAUCCUUAUUGUAUUGGUUUUGUUAACUCGAAUGGAAUGUAAUCAACGGGGAGUUAUAUAUUUUUUAAUCAAGGAUUGAGUUUGUUUUGGUGGCAUUGAAUAAAUCAGUUAUUAUUAAUGUUUUUUAUGCCUUUUUUAUGUAGGCGAAGUUUUUACAUUGAAUUGUUUAUGCGGAGGACGAUUUUAUUAGAAAAUUUAAUUUGGCCGCAAAGGGAAUGAAUGUCAAAUUAGAAUUUUUGUUUACAAUUACUUUUGUUAUAGGUAACAAUGUUCGAAACUAUUUAUUAUUAUUUUUUUUUUCUUAUGUAAAUGAAUACAUAGUUUAAAUUGCUUUUAGUUUUAAUGUCAAAUAAUUUGGGCCAUUUUAUUUAGUUGUUAUUUUAAAUUGCAAUUAUAUUUUUAAAAGUAUAGUUCUUAAUAGAAGAAGAUAAUACUAUAUUUUCAUGGUUCAUUUAGUAAUUAAUGUUUUUUAGAUUUGCAUUUUAGGAUAGAAGUUGUGCAUGGAGAUAUUGAUAUCUUAGUUUUUAUACACGAUUAUUGUUUAAACAAUCUUAGUAAAAAAAAAAAAAAAUAUAAUAAAACAGAAUACAUCCACUUCCUCAACA